AUGUCUGUGAGCAUCGUGCUCGUCUUCGACCAUUCCCGAGCCUGCCCGACGUCGGAUGCGCCGCCCGUCAUCGGCUACGUCGGCAUCGAAUGGUCUCCUCCCAGACCGCUCAACUUGCGUGUGCGGAUACGGCGGCGCGGGCGCAAAGCCAGGUCCAGACUCGUGAGGAUGGCCUGUAUGGCUCGUCACCCGGACGUUGGAAACCACCGGGUCGAAGUGGCUCCACCUCGCGUGCUUGAGGCGGGCGCGGCAGAAGCGCAGGGGGAGGACUCUGUCGAUGAUCAAGUGCCGAAGGUGGUCUUCGGCCUCGCGCUGCUUCGUCUAUGCGUGCAGGCAGUUGACUCGCAACGUCAGCAGGCGAUGGGACCCGAAAAUGCGGUUGAGAGACAGAUGCGCUGCAAAGUCGAGUAUGCAAAGCAAGACAGGCCACGAAGCGGAGAGUCGAGCAAGACCCGAAAGAGCCGAUCUUACCAGAGCCGGCAUCUGAACCAGAAACGUUGA